AGCCAAAUUUGCUCCCCGUGCGGGCAAGGUGCGCGCUAGCCGUCGGGCGAAAACUCCUUGUCAGUCGUUCUCGGGAUUUGUCGUGGAAAAGAGCAAACAAUAGGCGAACGCAGUGCUGGUCGGCAGCCACCAAGCGCCACAAGUAUACAUAUACAUGUAUAUAUGUGUACAGUGCAUGCACGUUUCCGCUCGCUGUGCGUUACAUGUGUGGACGGGCGAUAAAUAGAGCGCCACUAUACAUACUCGCCAGUGUUUUUCUCCUCCCCCCGUCCCCGGGUUGAAAGAAUUAACCAUUAACUAUGUUAAUCAAAGAGUAUCGUAUUCCUCUGCCAUUGACGGUGGAGGAAUAUAGGAUAGCUCAGCUGUACAUGAUAGCGAAAAAGAGUCGCGAGGAGAGCAGCGGAGCGGGCAGCGGGGUGGAGAUCAUAGUGAACGAACCAUAUCAGGACGGACCGGGCGGCAAUGGGCAGUACACGCGCAAGAUCUACCACGUCGGCAGCCACCUGCCGGGCUGGAUCAAGGGCCUGCUGCCGAAGAGCGCCCUCACGGUGGAGGAGGAAGCGUGGAACGCAUACCCGUACACCAAGACGCGCUACACCUGCCCGUUCGUGGAGAAGUUCUCGCUCGAGAUCGAGACGUACUACUUCCCGGACAACGGCCACCAGGACAACGUGUUCAAGCUGAGCGGGGCGGACCUGCGCAGCCGGAUAGUCGACCUGAUCGACAUCGUGAAGGACCAGCUGGGCGGGGCGGACUACACGCGCGAGGAGGACCCCACCGCCUACCGGUCGGAGCGGACCGGCCGUGGGCCGCUCAGCGAGUGCUGGCUGGACGAGCACUGGGACGAGGUGCGGGGCAAGUCGCAGCCGACGGCCAACAACAUGUCGCUGAUGUGCGCCUACAAGCUGUGCCGGGUCGAGUUCCGCUACUGGGGCAUGCAGACCAAGCUGGAGAAGUUCAUCCACGAUACGGCCCUGCGCAAGACGAUGCUGCGGGCCCAUCGGCAGGCGUGGGCGUGGCAGGACGAGUGGUACGGGCUCUCGAUGGACGACAUACGGGAGAUCGAGCGCCAGACGCAGCUGGCCCUGAAGCGCAAGAUGGGCAACGAGGGCGGCGGCGGCGAGGACGCCGACGAUGACGACGAGGACGACGACGAAGAGGAGGAGGAGGAGGCGAGAGGCGAUGCAAACAAAUCGCUGGACAGCGACAAUCGUAGCAGCAAUCAAAUCUACUCGAUCGAGAAGACGAACGAAAACUCGACGCCACACAUGGACAAGAAGGAAGCGAUCCCGCUGAUCACGACCACCACCGCGACGGCGAUGGAUGCGGUCGAACCGGCGGAUGCGGGCCGGCAGCGCCACGAACACUCGCGCCACGCCCGCCAGCAGAACCAGAACCAGCAUCUGCACCAACACCAGCGCAAGGAGCGGUCGGGCAAGGUGUCCCCGGCGGGGCACGCCAACAAUCAGCACAGCUCGCAGGAGGACGACGACGACGAGGACGAUGACGACGACGAGGAGGACGAUGACGACGAGGAGGAGGGCAGUGGUGGGCAGCGCCGGACGAAGGGGGGCCGCACGUUCCUGGGCAAGCAGAACAACCACUCCGGCUCGAAGAGCAAGCUCCACUCGCCGCUCGGCUCGGCGCACAGUUUCGACCUGCAGGUUGCCAACUGGCGCAUGGAGAAGCUGGAGGUCGACUCCAAGUCCGGCUCGGAGGAGGAGUUCUUCGACUGCCUAGGUGAGCUGGGCGAGAAGGCUUCGCUGGUGAAGUGGAGCUCGCUGGAGCUGCUCGCGGAGGAGGAUGACAGUCCGCAGGCGACGUCGGCGUACCAUCGCGGGCUGCCGCACCAGCAUCAACAUCAACAGCAGCAGCAGCAGCAGGAGGACAGCAUUUUCAGCCAGUCGUACCUGCAGCGGGUGACGUCGGAGCGUGGGACGCGGCGCUCGUUCGUGCUGGGCCAGCAUUCGGCCAGCAUCGACGGUGGCAGAAGCCACGGUGCGCCGCACGAGCCGCCGACGUCGUCGUCGUCGCCGCCCGGCUCGCCCGGGCUCCCGUCCUGCCCGACGACGGUGUUGGUGCUGAUCAUGCACGCCGGCAGCGUGCUGGACGUCAGCUCGGACAUGACGACGAAGCGGUCGGAUGUGACGACGUUCCGCGGGGCGCUCGAGUCGGUGAUGCGCCAGCACUACCCGGCGCUGGUGGGGCAUGUGGCGCUGCGGCUCGUCGCCUGCCCGGCCGUCUGCUCGGACGCGCUCGGCAUCCUCUCCAGCCUCAGCCCGUACUCGUUCAACACGGGCCCGGCCGGCGCGGACGUGUCCAACCUGGCGGACGUGCCGAUCGGGGCGAUCCCGCUGCUGGCGACCAGCUCGCCCGACUUCCAGGACGCCGUCAACCGGGCGGUCGCCUGCGCCAACCAGACGUACGCCGAGUUCGUGCGCUCGGACGAGGGGCGCGGCUUCGGCGGGCAGGUGGUGCUCAUCGGCGACUCGAUGGGCAGCGUGUUGGCGCACGACGCCCUGUGCCGCAGCUCGGGCGGUGGUAGUGGCGGCGGUGGCGGCGGGUCUGGAUCCGGCGGCGGAGGUGGCAUCGCCGUACACCAAGGUAGCGAAGCGUCCGGUCUCAACUACAUCGCUUCGUGCGGUGAGUUCGGGAACGAUUCGAUGGCGGCGGAUGCGGCCCUGCUGGACGCGUCCCGCCUGCUCAGUGCCCCGUCGCCCCGACGCCGCCGGUCGUCGUCGACGAGCGAGUCGCGGUUGCCGCGGUUCGAGUUCGAGGUCGGCGACUUCUUCUGCUUCGGCAGCCCGCUGGCGGUGAUUCUGUCCGCGCGCCGCCUUUCCGGCUGCAACGGCAACGGGAAACCGGCCUGCACGCAGCUCUACAAUCUGUUCCACCCAACUGACCCGACCGCCGCCCGGCUCGAGCCGCUGCUGAGCGCCCGCUUCUCGCUCCUGCCGCCCAUCAACAUCCCCCGGUACGCCAAGUAUCCGCUCGGCAACGGCCACCCGUGCCAUCUGCUCGAGCUGAUCCAAUCCAGCCCGCACCUGUUCGUGGAUAAUGGUGGUGGUGGUGGCGGUGGUGGUGGUGGUGGGUUGCCGACACCGCCCGUACCCGCCCGCCGCCUCUCGGACACCUCGAUCCAGAGCGGGGCGUCGGGCAUGAUCGACAAUGUGCCGCUGGCGACGAUCAACCAGCUGCAGCAGCGCUGGUGGGGCUCGAAGCGCCUCGACUACGCGCUCUACUGCCCGGACGGGCUGGCCAACUUCCCGUCGCACGCGCUGCCGCACCUCUUCCACGCCAGCUACUGGGAGUCGUCGGACGUGGCCGCCUUCAUCCUGCAGCAGGUCGGGCGGCUGGACGAGCCGGGCGGGCACGGGUACGGCGGGUACGGCGAGCGGGACGGCUCGUCCAGCUUCCGGCCGGCGCAGGCGCGCGAGAAGUGGAACCGGAAGCGCACCUCGGUCAAGCUGAAGAACGUGGCCGCCAACCAUCGGGCGAACGACGUGAUCGUGCGCGAGGGCGAACCGCAGCGGAUGCUGGCGCGCUUCAUGUACGGCCCGCUCGACGUCAUCACGCUGGCCGGCGAGCGGGUCGACAUCCACCUGAUGCGCGACCCGCCGGCCGGCGAGUGGCAGCUGCUCGCGACCGAGACGACCGACAAGAACGGCCGCAUCUCGUACGUGCUGCCGGAGGAGCGCGCCUGCGGCUACGGCAUCUUCCCGGUCAAGAUGGUCGUGCGCGGCGACCACACGUCGGUCGACUUCCACCUGGCGGUGGUGCCGCCGAAAACCGAGUGCAUCGUGUUCAGCAUCGACGGCUCGUUCACCGCGUCCGUGUCGGUGACCGGCAAGGACCCGAAGGUGCGGGCCGGCGCCGUCGACGUCGCGCGCCACUGGCAGGAGCUCGGCUACCUGCUCGUCUACGUCACCGGCCGGCCCGACAUGCAGCAGCAGCGCGUGCUCGCUUGGCUCAGCCAGCACAACUUCCCGCACGGACUCGUCUCGUUCGCCGACGGGCUGUCCACCGACCCGCUCGGCCACAAGGCCACCUACCUGAGCAACCUCAUCCUCCAGCAGGGCCUCAUCGUGCACGCGGCCUACGGCAGCAGCAAGGACAUCAGCGUCUACACCAGCAUCGGCCUCAAGCCGAAGCAGAUCUUCAUCACCGGCAAGGUCAGCAAAAAGCACCAAGCGAUGGCGACACCGCUCAGCGAGGGCUACGCGUCGCACCUCAGCUCGCUGCUGGCGGUCGGCGGUUCGCGGCCGGCCCAAGGCAACGCCCGGAUGGUCAUACCGCGCAGCUGCUUCAAUCUGCCCGGCCAGAACCAGUCCAUCCGUCGGCGUCGCUUCGUACCCGGUUAGACCGUACGCCAGUGAGGACGGAAAAGGACCGGUUUGCAAUGGACACUUUCAUCAUUAUUACUUCACAACAGGCAUGAGAGGCUAUUUAGAACAACCGAAGGAGGCGACGGCGAACGAUAUUAUACACCAAACAACGUUCCGGCACGGAAAGUGAUGCCAAAGAAGCAGCGUGUGUUCCACGCAGACCCGAACACGAUAAACAAGCAAGAAAAUCAACCGUAAGAUAUGCAACUGCAACCGCAAACCUAAACCAAAAUGACUAGAUGAUCUGACACGCCAAACGUUGUCGGUGUGUGAAGUAGUAAGCGUUAUUUAGUAGUGGAGUGAGUGUAGCGGCUCCUAGUGGCUCCUUUUCCAGCCCCUACCUCGUCGCCCUAUAUCGCUCGUCGGAUAGUUUAUGUAUGUAUGUGUGUGUGUAUUUGUAUGUGAGCGAGGCGAGAAGAAGAAGAACGGACAAAGAAUUCCCGGUAAUUAUUCACCACAAAAUUCUUUCUCGCUCCCUAUGACCCUACUCCCUCCACUUCUCUCAUUCUUGCUGUUUGCAAUAUGUAAGAACUAAUUUAUAUGAUAAGGAAGCGUUAAGGAAGCAAAACCGGCGAGCGUCGAUUACUCUCGAAACAAUAAGAAGAUGAAGAAGAAGGAAGGAAGAAAGCGAGCGAGAAACAAAUAAAACAAAAAACAAACAAAAAACUACACCGACAUGUGAAACCCAACAUGCUGCAAUAAGAGGAAACCGGAAAAGCAAAGCAAAACACUAUUUCUUAGCUAUCUAGUAACAUCAUCAUCCUACACUAUCUCGCGUACUGCUACUACUGCUAACCAAACCAACCUAGAGUUGGUAGUCGGGAUCGGACGUAACCGUACGAUCAACAGGACGAACUAGAACAAACAAAACAACAAACAAACAAAACAAACUUUAAAAAACGAGUAGAGAUGGCAGGUGCGAGCGGGUGGGUUGCCUCCAUCGCCAUGCGGACGCGGUUGCCGGCGAAGCCCGCAACGGAAGGAUUCUAUGCAAUACUCUAUUUUGUCACAUGGUACCUGGCUCAGAAGACUGUCUCUUACUGGCUGUUAGGAAGAAGCAAAAACGAAGUGCGAGAAGAAGCUAACGAGCGCAAGGAAAAAGGAGAACCGAUUGAAAGUUUAAAGAUGGUAAAACAAAAUUGAUACGACACAGCAAAGCAAAAGAAAGAAAAUGAAAGAGGAAAACAAAAAUAUAGUAUCCGUUAUACCAAAACCAAACUCGACAAAAAAGUAAGAAAAAAAAAAGAGUAAGUAAGUAAAUGAAUCGAGAGACCAUUUAUAAAUUGAACCUUGUUAAAAUGAAAACAGAAAGUAUUGUUGAG